AUGGAUUCAUCUGAUUUAUCAACAUUUGUAUCUGCUCAUUACUUUUCCACGUCAAAGGAAUCAAGAUCUACUAAAUCUUCUGGUAUAGCAACUUCUGCUCAUCUCCAGCAAUUCUCAAUACAACGACAACAACAAUCUCGGUUGUCACCGAAAAGAUCUUUACCAUGGAUAGACCGUUCGUUUGUGAAAUCUAAAAAACCAUCUACAUGCAACAGACAACCAUAUUUUUCGAUCGUUCAAUCUCAUCCAAAUUCUCUCCUACCAACUUGCUAUUCGAGUAAUGCACAAUCUUACUCAACAGGGACUACAACCAGAACUGUGACUAGGACAUCAGGUCCAGAGAGGAUCUUAUGCUGCCUGUAUGAGAUUCCAAAAGAAGUAGAAACAAGAGUAGGCCUAUGCUUUCUAAAUUAUAGCACGGGAAAAAUGAUAUUAUCAGAUUUUAUGGACUCUCAAAUCUUCAUCAGAACAGUCCAUAAAAUUCAAAUCCAUCAACCUACGGAAUUACUAUUACCCAGUUCAUCUUUAUCACCAAACGUUUCGAAACUGGCAACUAUACUAAAAUUCAAUAUUUCGGAAACUGUAAAAAUUAGUGAAGCAUCUUCAAAAUUCUUUGAUCCUCACGAGGGAUUAGCUGCCAUAUCUAAAUAUGCAAUCAAGGAUAAAGAUGACACCGAGGAACAUGUACGAAUAGUAGAGGAAUUGAUUGAUAAAACAUUCGCAUUAAGCGCAACCGCCGCCUCCAUCAAAUACACCGAUGAACUUGUUAAUAAAUCAUCUAAUACACUUUCCAAAUUUAAGAAUCUUAGAAUCAGCUACGAGGGAACAGAAAAUACAAUGCUUAUCGAUCCUAAGACAAGUACUGGACUGGAACUUGUAGAAAAUAAAAUUGAUAAAAAUGGCUUAUCCUUCUGGAAGUUCUUGAAUACUACAUCUACAAAGAUGGGAGCAAGAUCAUUAAGAAAUAAUAUUCUACAGCCAUUAACCGACAAAUCUAGUAUAUUAAUGAGACUAGAUGUAAUUAAAGAAUUACAAAAGGAUAAAGAUUUCUUAAUAUCUAUUCGACGUGAAAUGAAGUUGUAUCAAGACUUAGAUAAAUUAUUUUCGAAAUUACUUUCUGUUAAUCAUGCAGCCAUCAAACCAGAGCAAAAGAUUAAUUAUAUUUUGCUUUUAAAGGAUUCAAUAUCUAUAACACUAACUUUGAAAAAACUAUUAGAGGAAGUAAAUCUAGAAAGUCAAUUAUUGCAAGAAGCAAAGAAGAUUUUCAACAAUACCUCAAUUUUAGAAAUAGAAAAUGAUAUCAACGAAUAUAUCAAUGAGGAUAGUGUAUGGGCAUCAUCGUGUCUCGAAUUGAAGAAUCAACAAAGUUAUGCUGUCAAAGGAGGAGCGAAUGGGUUAUUGGGGGUAUCAAGGCAAUUAUAUAGAAGUUCAGUGGAUUCAAUCACCGAUGAAAUAGAAGAAUUAUCAAAAAAAUAUGACCUACCCAUAGACUAUAAUUUUGAUUCAUUUCGUGGCUUUUAUCUUAAAAUAAAGAAGCAAGCUUUCCCUGAGUUGAAUGAGGUACCAAAUAUUUUUAUUAAUGUGGUUUCGAAAAAGAACUUCAUAGAAUGCACAACCAUGGAUAUAUUAAAAGAAAACGCCAAACUGAAAGAAAUUAUAUCAGAGAUUUCAAUGCUUAGUGAACAAGCCAUACACGAACUAUUAGAUAAGAUUGCGAAAAAUAUUUCAGUAUUGUUCAUGAUUUCAGAGGCUGUUUCUAUCCUUGACCUUUUAUGCUGCUUCGCUCAUAAUAGCUUAAAGCAUAACUAUUGCAUACCUAAAUUUUCCAGCAAUCUUAUCUUAAAAGAAGCAAGACAUCCAAUAUUGGAAACGCAAACUAAAAAUUUUGUUCCAAACGAUAUUACCAACACUAAGAAUACCUCUUCAGUUCAGAUAAUCACUGGCUGUAACGGGAGUGGGAAAUCUGUAUAUUUAAGACAAAUUGCAUUGCUUUCUAUAAUGGCACAAAUGGGUUCACCUGUUCCUGCCACAGGGGCAUGUUUCCCCAUAUUUUCCAAAUUACAUGCCAGGGUUUGUAAUGACCCAAUGGAAAUGAGCUCGUCAACGUUUUCAUUCGAAAUGAAAGAAAUGGCCUAUUUCCUAGAUGAUAUGGAUGAUACAACAUUACUUAUCUUAGAUGAAUUGGGGAGAGGUUCAAGUAUAGGUGAUGGAUUUUCAAUAUCUUUGGCAAUAACUGAGUAUCUUAUACAGAAAAAAAGUAACGUAUUCCUGUCAACUCAUUUCAAGGAUAUUCCUGCCAUUCUAACAUCAAAGCCAAAUGUUGUACAUUUACAUAUGCAAAGUCAAUUACAGUGGGAUAAUUCCAUGAAAAUGCUAUAUCAUGUUGGCAACGAAGUUGAUGAUAUUGAAAAUAUUGGUAUUAAAUUAGUUUCUAAAUAUUUUGACCCUGACAUUGUCACUAAGGCAUAUGCAUUUUCCUCUGUUUUGAAAGCUGCCGAAGAAAAGGCAACAAAUGGUUCAUUAUUAGGUGAAGAGAAAGAAAAGGAAAAAAGCGGAUUGACCAGCUGA